GAGGUAGUCUGGCGGUGGUAAUUGGUAUACAGUGUCUACCACCUCUCCACUGCUCCUGCGCAACCCAAAGGGAUAGAGAGAGAGAGAGCGCCAUGGCCAAGGCUCACGUCCUCGUGCUGCCGUUCCCGGCGCAGGGCCAUGUCACCCCUCUCAUGGAGCUCUCCCACCGCCUGGUCGACCACGGCUUCGAGGUCACCUUCGUCAACACCGAGGUGAACCACGCGCUGGUCGUCGGCGCGCUGCAGGCGGCGGCGGGCGGCGGCACGUCGGCGCUGGCCGGCAUCCACCUGGAGUCCAUCUCGGACGGGGUGGCAGACGAUGAGGACCGCAAGGACCUCAACAAGCUCAUCGACUGCUGCACCAGACACAUGCCGGGGCACCUGGAGAGGCUCAUCGCCGAAAUGGAGGCGGCCGGGAGGCCCAAGGUGAAGUGGCUCGUCCCCGACGUGUGCAUGUGGUGGUCCUUCGACGUCGCCAAAAAGUUCGGCAUCCGCGUGGCCUCCUUCUGGCCGGCGGCGGUGGCGUGCUUAGCCAUUAGCCUCAAGAUCCCCAAGCUGACAGAGGAAGGGCUCCUCAACAACAAGGGUUGGCCAGAGCGGGACGAGACGUUCCAACUUGCCCCCGGGAUCCCGCCGCUCCACACGUCGCAGCUGCCGUGGAACAACGUCGGCGCGCCGGAGGGGCAGCCCAUCAUCUUCGAGCUGUUCAUCCGGACCGACAGGCUCAGCGCCCUCGCCGAGAUGGUGGUGUGCAACUCCUUCCACGAGGCCGAGGCCGGCGCGUUCAAGCUCCUGCCGCACGUCCUGCCCAUCGGCCCGCUGUCCUCCGACAGGGAGUUCCGGAAGCCCGUCGGGCAGUUCCUGCCGGAGGACACCCGGUGCCUCCGGUGGCUCGACGCCCAGCCCGACGGCUCCGUCGUGUACCUGGCCUUCGGCAGCAUGGCCAUCUUCGACCCGCGCCAGUUCGAGGAGCUGGCCGAGGGGCUCGAGCUCACCGGCCGGCCGUUCCUGUGGGUGGUAAGGCCGGACUUCACCGCCGGCCUGAGCAAGGCGUGGCUCGACGAGUUCCUGGCCCGCGUCGCCGGCAAGGGCAUGGUGGUCAGCUGGUGCCCCCAGCAGCAGGUCCUGGCGCACCGUGCGGUGGCGUGCUUCGUGUCGCACUGCGGGUGGAACUCGACGAUGGAGGGUGUCAGGAACGGCCUGCCGUUCCUGUGCUGGCCCUACUUCGCCGACCAGUACCUGGACCGGAACUACGUCACCGACGUGUGGAGGACCGGCCUGGCGGUGUCGCCCGACGCGGACGGAAUCGUGACGAAGGAGGAGCUGAGGAGCAAGGUGGAGCAGGUCGUCGGGCCACGUGCCCACGUCACCCCGUUCAUGGAGCUCUCCCACCGCCUGGUCGAUCACGGCUUCGAGGUCACCUUCGUCAACACUGAAGUGGAUCACUCGCUGCUGCUCGGUGCACUGCAGCCGGCGGGCGGCGCCGCAGCGCUGGGCGGCAUCCACCUCGCGUCCAUCCCUGACGGGCUGGCCGACAACGGCGACCGCAAGGACCUUAGCAAGGUCACGGACGCAUGCUCUCGGCACAUGCCGGGAUACCUGGAGCGGCUCAUCACCGAGAUGGAGGCGGCCGGGAGGCCCAAGGUGAAGUGGCUAGUCGGCGACGUGGUCGUGGGUCCUUGCUUCGAGGUUGCCAAGAAACUCGGCAUCAGGGUCGCUUCGUUCUGGGCGGCGUCGGCGGCGUGCUUGGCAAUCAUGCUCGACGCCCCCAAGUUGAUAGAGGAAGGACUCAUCAACGACAAGGGUUGCCCAGAGCGGGAUGAGACGUUCCAGCUCGCCCCCGGGAUGCCGCCGCUGCAGACGUCGCAGAUGCCGUGGAUGGACGGGAUGAGCACGCCGGUGGGGCAACCGGCCAUGUUCGAGCUGAUCACAGGGUUCAACAAGUUCAUCAACCUCGCCGAGGUGGUCGUCUGCAACUCGUUCGACGAGGCCGAGGUCGGCACGUUCAAGCUGUACCCCGACAUCCUGUCCAUCGGCCCGCUGUUCGCCGACCGGGAGUUCAAGAAGCCCGUCGGCCACUUCCUGCCGGAGGACGAGAGGUGCCUCAAGUGGCUCGACGCGCAGCCCGAUCGGUCCGUCGUGUACGUGGCCUUUGGCAGCAUGGCCAUCUUCGACCCGCGCCAAUUCGAGGAGCUGGCCGAGGGGCUGGAGCUCACCGGCUGGCCCUUCCUGUGGGUGGUAAGGCCGGACUUCACCGUCGGCCUGGAGAAGGCGUGGCUUGCCGAGUUCCAGCAACGCGUCGCCGGAACGGGCAUCAUCGUCAGCUGGUGUUCCCAGCAGCAGGUCCUAGCGCAUCGUGCGGUGGCGUGCUUCGUGUCCCACUGCGGGUGGAACUCGACCAUGGAAGGUGUCAGGAAGGGGCUACCGUUCCUGUGCUGGCCCUACUUCUGCGACCAAUACCUAGACCGGAGCUACAUCACCAACGUUUGGAAGACCGGCGUCGCGGUGUCGCCUGGUGCAGACGGCAUCGUGACGAAGGAGGAACUGAGGAGCAAGGUGGAGCAAGUCCUCGGCGACGGCAACGUCAAGGAGAGGGCGCGGCUCUUCAUGGAUGCUUCUCGCUGGUGCAUCAUAGGAAGUGGAUCAUCAUGUGAGAACUUCAGCAAGUUUGUGACCCUGCUAAGUGAAUGAAAACAACGCACGCCUUCACAAGGGUGCAUUUGGUUGCAUGUAUUAGGUGAUCCUUAUUUUGGUUGAGUGUGAAUUGUACCAACUCAUUCAGGAUGAAACCAUCUCAGGGUGUGUUUGGUUGCAUGUACUACAUGAUGCAUGCACGGAU